AUGACAGCCUCUUCGGACAAUGUCAAAUUCUUACAACUUCGAAGUGGUGAUCGUGUAAAUGUAAAUUCAUUCUGUAACGUCAUUCAUUCGGAUGAUUUGAAACUUCCGGUUGACCAGAGAUCAUCUGCUAUAUUCGAUUCCUAUAAGGAGCACUUCAAAACCUCCGAAAUAUGCGUUCCAACCGUUGACUUCAAAGUUGUCGAUUCUUUGAUCGCUACCACUCAAACUCGGAGUCGUCCAGCAGAAUUUGUCAAGUUUGUGGAGAAAACCAAAUCAGACUAUGAUGAGAUGGUGGAAUACGAUUGCGAUGAGGAGGAUUAUCUCUGGAUAAAGAGUGUCAACAAAGCUAGGAAGAAAACCAAAGAUAAAUUGAUAACUCCGGAGCUAAUGGAAAAAGUGAUGGACAAGCUGGAAAAAGAGAGUUGUUUUGAGGUGGUCAAAGGAUCGCCUUCUAUGAUGCCGGGAUCCUCUAUGGAUGGCGAUGAUGUUUGCUGUGUUUGCGGUGAUGGAGAUGUUAAUAAUGUCAAUCAGAUAAUAUAUUGCGACAUGUGUAACAUAGCAGUUCACCAAGAUUGUUACGGAGUGCCUUACAUUCCUGAGGGACAAUGGUUGUGCCGUCGUUGUAAGCUUUCACCAUCAACGCAAGUUGAGUGUUGCCUGUGCCCGAACACUAGCGGGGCCUUCAAGCAAACGAGCGAUGGACGUUGGGCUCAUGUGAUUUGCGCAAUUUGGCUUAACGAGGUACACUUUGGAAAUACUGUUUUCUUGGAGCCGAUAGAAGGUGUUGAUGCUUCCUUAGAACGGCGAUGCAAAUUGAAGUGCUUAGUGUGUAGAAAAAAGAUGGGUGCCUGCCUUCAGUGCUCAACACGUAGCUGUCUAAAAGCUUUCCAUGUUACAUGCGCUCAACAAUCAGGGAUGGCAAUGCAGAUUCAAACGAACCCUGAUCCUGGAAGUUCUGAUCUAGUUGACGUGCAGCGUUUUGUUUACUGCCAUCUCCAUGCCGAUGAUGAUGACUGUGAUCCAGCUACUCGAAAGAAGCGUAUGGACGAAGCUAUUCGACGCGCUCGUCGAAGCAUGGCUGCCAAGACAUGCAGGACCCCUACAGUGAAUAUGCCAACUUUAUCACUGGAAGCGGUCGAGAAAAUCAAGAAAGAAAUAGGUUUCGCUGUUGAUGAUAUCGUUCAAUACUGGUAUCUCAAGAGGAAAAGUCGCUGUGGCGUUCCUCUCAUAAGGCGGUUGCAGCUUAACCAAAAGGUGUCUCGAACUUCAAAUUUCGUUGCUUCUGAACUCGCUCAAGAAGAUCAGACUGCUUACGAACAAUUCGCCUUGAAAAGGAUGAGCUUAGAAACUACUAGGUUGUUAUGUGAGCAGGUGAAGAAGAGAGAGUUACACAAGAGAAGUCAUCGAAAAGCCUCUUUCAUGCUCAUGUCUGCUCUUUUCAAGCCUCCCCCUCAAGUGCUUGAGGAUUUAAUUGAUCGCCUCUUUGAAAAAGAUAGAGAAAAGGUAUUCGCAAGCCCUGUUACCUUAGACGGCUACAAGGAUUUUAUCAAGCAUCCCAUGGAUCUUUCGACUAUGAGGAAAAAGGUGGAGAAGGGAAAAUACGAUUCAAUAGCUGCGUUGCGAACCGAUGUUCUUCUCAUGACGGACAAUUGCGAGAAAUUCAACGUAGAAAAUUCGUACUUCCUGCAGUAUGGUCGCAAGUUCCGCAAGAUUGCUCUGCAACUUCUAGACAAAGAGGAAGACAGGGAACGUACUCUAGAGAAGAUGGUGUCCUGUGGUAGAGAAGCAGCUAUUUUAAGUGAAGCAUCACGUGUUGGGUUGUAUGACGUGCUCGAGGUUGAGGCUUCAAAAGAUGAAAGCGAACAAGAAUCCGAUCUGGAGAAAAACCAAAGAACAUCCCGAUCUCGCGACAUGAGAGAAUCUACAACAGGUUCAACGGUGGAAUCAAAACAUGCAGGAGGUUUGGGGUUGGGUUCAUUCCUCGCUCCUAGGACGCUUAGUGGAGGAUUAUUCUCUAUCAGUGGCAGUGCUGCAAAGGCAAAACGGAAAACAAGUCCUCCAGACAGAACUCCCGGCCACAAGAGGCGGAAAAAGGAGGCACUUACAAAUACUACUUUUCGACAGCCAUCGAUCACUACGUUUCUCACACCAUCACCUUUGACUGGGAGGAAGUCGAUAACUCGCCAGAAUGGAACCGCUCCUCUCAUGGAUUUCCGAAAUAAUUCUGUUAAAAGUCCACUACCAGCUGAUGUAGCAUCUUCCGAAUCAUCGGCUGAGGAAGAAGAUGGGAGCACAAAUCACCGAAGAAUUCGACAUGGUGAACAUGCGAAAAUGGAAAUACAGGAUUUGAGCGAUUUCGAUGGUUACCAUCACAAUGAUUUAGUUGUCGUCGAUGGAAUUGCUGGACGUGUGAUUGAUCCUGUGGAUGCGCGGGUCGAUGGAGGUCUACCAAGUGAGCUUGUUAGUGAGUGUAGAAUGUCUGCUCACAGAAGAGAGUCUCAAGUCUGUGUCUACCUCUUUGAGAACGAGAAUAAAUGGGGAUGGUACCCUCCACGUGAUGUACGUUAUCUCAAUACGAAUGGAGAUAAUAUGUCGUCGAUAUCGUCUUUCAAAUUAGCAAUGAAGUGGCAAAAGAAAAUGCUGGAAAUGUACAGUGGCAAACAGGCGAUGUCAUCACGAUGA